AUGAAUUCUACUAUUGAAUCUGAUCGCCAGUUGGUUGCCUCCCCUGUCUCCAAUGCUUUCACCACUAAUCGCAAAAUCUCCCCAUCAUUAUCACUUGUGAAUAACAAUUUUUACCACAAAAAGAUCACCCACGAUGAAAACAUCUUGUCCAUUCAUGAGUCACUUCACAAGUCAGGGAUAUUGUUUUUGGUUAGUAUCUACUGCUUUCUUUGCAACUUGAACGAACUGAAACAACCCACUAGUGAGAAAAUUGAACUAUUUGCAUCUUUUUACAUUGAUCAGUUUGCUUUACUCCCAUUCACAGGUCAAGUAGAGCUUACCAAAGAUGAGUUUGAUGUUGUGAUUACCCUAUUUGAUGAUUUUUAUAUCGAUUACAACUUUGUUACAUUGAGUCAACUGAGUAUCAAGAAUAAAGGGAAGUUGCAGCAAGCAAUUGCCGAGUGGUUUAAAUCAAGGGGAGUGGUAAUGGAGGGGGGUAAAGCCUUCACCAGGGAGAUUCUCAGUGCUGCAUUGAAUGAUUGGUGUCUGCAUUUGCAAAGAUAA